UGGACAAUAUAAUCAUCCCAAUCAAAUCCAAAAAAAAGUAUCAAAGAGAGGAAAUGGCUGACGAUGCAGGCGACAUCCCUGAACUGGACCAGAAGAAAUACGACGCAGACGAGCAGGUGAAGAUCAUCUGCCUGGGAGACAGCGCAGUGGGUAAAUCUAAGCUGAUGGAGAGGUUUCUCAUGGAUGAAUAUCGUCCCCAGCAGUUGUCAACAUACGCUUUGACUCUCUACAAACACACAGCGAGUGUAGGCAACAAGACAGUCGCGGUUGAUUUCUGGGACACUGCUGGUCAGGAGAGGUUUAAGAGCAUGCACCCCUCAUACUACCACAAAGCACAUGCAUGCAUAAUGGUUUUUGAUGUUCAGAGAAAGAUCACAUAUAAGAAUCUGGCCAACUGGUAUAAAGAGCUGAGAGACUACAGACCGGAGAUACCCUGUUGUGUGGUUGCCAACAAAAUUGACGCUGAUUUGAAGGUGACACAAAGAAGCUUUAGUUUUGGGAAGAAGCAAGGACUUCCAUUUUACUUUGUAUCAGCAGCUGAUGGGACUAAUGUAGUUAAGAUGUUUAGAGAGAUGAUCAAGAGAGCAGUGGACUACAAGAAAAACCCCAGUGACUUCAUGGAUGAAGUGAUGCAAGAAUUAGAGAACUUUGACCUGGAAAAGAAAGAAGAUAAUUCGGAUGCGGUUGAGGAUGGAUUGAAAUCACAGAGCCCCGAGUUGGUCUGACACAGCUUUAUGAAUCCUCCCAGCCCUCUUGUCAUCUCAUGGAUAAUCUAUCCUCCUCUUGGGGUUGAUGCUGUGAAUAUUUUUAGUCAACAUGAUGCUGUUGACAUGACCUCUGCUGUCAGAGAUCUCUGACUCUCCGUGACUGAAGUUUGCAACCAGCACAUUGUUUGUUCUUAUGUAAUUCUGCCGGUGUGUAACUCGGCCACUGGAGAACGGCGCAGUCUUUCAGUCAGGUUGAAAGUCACUGCCCUCCAUGUGUCCACUGACAUAAGCAGGGAAAUAAACCUGGUAGAAUAAUUAUGUGUUUUCCAGGUUCAUUUAACUAUUGUUUUAGCAUUGUUACUCCUACUUUGUAUAAUAAUAUGUACUCCAAUAAUGAGGCUGAAUGUUUGAUUCAGCGUGAGAAAACACUUUCGUUGUGUCAUAUAAUAAGAAUGUGAAGCAUUGAAAACUAGCUCACAGAGCAAAGAGAACGUGUGAUUAUGAACUGUCCUUGCUGCUCUUCUGGAUGUGUGUGUGUGUUUAGUGUUGUGUGCAAUGCCAGUGGGGCGCUGCAUCUGUUAGCUGCUUUUGUUGCAUAAAUUUUAUGAUGUAAAGUCUGUUUUUCAGCGUCCUUUAAAUGAAAACUUAAUGUACCAUGUAACCAAAUUCUGACAAUGUGUGUCUUUCUAAGUUGCUGAGAUCCAGCAGUGGGCACAAGAGCACCAAGUCAUCAGCUUGACAUCAGCAUUUUAUACGUGUCAUAUACAGUAUGAAUCUGUAAUACAACAAACUGGUUUUCUGGCAGAAGGUGCACAUUAGGCUGAGUGUCUGUGUAGAACAGAAUGAGCCUCAAUUUCACACAUCAUUCAGUUAUUCCUAUAUGAUAUUCAUGUUGUACACAAAAGCAUGUAUACUGUAUAUUUUCUAUUUAUAUUUGACUGUCUUGUGUGGCAUCAAUUAUGAAUAAAUCACACUGGAACAUAAUUACCACUGAGACACGCUGAAUUCUAGCAGGAAGAAUAAUUUUGAUGCAGUUCAUGUUUUAAUUAUAAAUUUAUUACAUAAUAUAACAAACAUAUAUCUCUGUGGUGGAGAUAUCCUGGGCAACAUCUCAGAUCUUGCCUCAGCCUUUACUAUCACCCUUACUCUGUUUACAUGAGGACAACUAGGUAGCUUGUGGUUAGCGUUUAUUCUAACUUGGGUUGUCUUGUAUUGAUGUGGAGGGGGGAUUUCUAAUGCUAGAAGCAUCUAGAAGAUGUGGGUAGGUGGGUCGGGGAUAGUAGUGGAGAUGAUUGGCCUGUUUGUCGGACUCUGAGAAGGGAGAGUUCACCUGUGAGACAAGGCUGAGGUGUUGCAGUGAUACAUCCACCAUUCUAAACUUCACAGUGCAAACAAGGAGAAAACCAACAAUGAAAGAAAAAACCCCUUGAUGAUAAGAUCACUGGUUCCAGCGGGUGACCAGAUCCCAGUGGGUGUUUAAAAAGAUUACACUGCUCCCCUUACACUAUGUAGAUUGUGCUUUGUUGAUUAGAAAAUAAGACAAAGGUAACCCUUCACUGAACUUAUUUGACCUAAUGAUGUGUAAGUCUGUUGCACGUUGCUCUGUAGCAUCAUUUUGCAUCUGUAUUUGUGGUAAACACAUCAAUCCAACCAGGUAUUCACUACAGCAUUGUUUCUUCUAACCAGGCCAGCCUGCAUGAGUCCAGACUGUACACACGCACCUCUUGCAGUGUUUGUGUUUCAUCUGUCAUUUGUAUUUAUACGGGAACAGUAAGCCAAGCUCGAUAAUAACCUUCAUCACAGUAAAAUCAAGCAAUUGUGAUACUUUGUCUCAAAAUUUAAAUAGAAAUGUUAAAGGAAAGCUCACAGGUAGAUAUACACAGGUUAUAUACAUAUAUAUGUAUGUAUAUAUAUAGCCUGCUUCUUUACAAAAUAAUAACAAUGACUGUAUUUCCACUGGUAGGAAAUACAGAAAGAUCUAUCAAAUGUCUGUAGUUCUCAAGAUUUCCAGGAGAUGGCACCAUAUUAUUUGAGUCUAACAGCUCAAGAAUGCUGUAACUAAGAUAGUCCUAAAGCAAAGACAAAUAUACAGUUAAAAGUUCAAUUAUUUUUUGGCACAUUUUUCCUUUGUGUUGUUUGUUCCUCAUUGGAUCACCUCAUACAGCAUAUCCAAAACUCAGAAACUGAAGGUCUGAAAAAGGAAAAAGGAGUGCUGCCAGACAGAGUGGAGGGUAAGGAGCGCAAAUGCCAUCUGGGAAAUGGGCGUACAAAACAGUGACACUGAGUAAGCUUUGCCCACACAGUUACAAGGUGAGUUAUAGUCAUCUUGAAAUAUAAAAUGUGACAAUGUUUUUCAUUCAGUAACCUGGGGAAAUAUCUCUCUCUGUCUGUCUCUCCCUCUUCAGUAGAGCGAUCCACAUUUUGAGUACAAAAUAAGACUGCAGAACGAUGGUGUUCAAUCUGGAAUUGAAGAUGUAUGUUUCUUUUCUGUGUUUUUUUUUGUGUGUGUGUAUGUAUUGUGUGUGUGUGUGCACGUGUUUGUGUGACACAGCCACACCCGGGAAUCUCUGAUGGUAAUACAGUAAGGCUAUAGUGGACUAACUCCAAAGAUGUAAAACCCAAACAAUCAACACACACUCUCACACUAUCACAUGUGCAUUCUCAUCGUCUCUCUCUCAAGCAAAUACACACAAAAUCGGAACACACAC